UGCUCGUGCAUGCUCGUGCAUGCAGCAGGGUGCCGUUAAAAUCAACACCAUUGCACUUAUUUGGGGUGCCCUGAGAAGCUUUUAAAAGCCACAUACAACUCGUCUUAUUCCCGGCCCCCCUUCUUUUUCCAUGAGAAAUUACGGCAGACUGUGCAGAUAACGUGCACAAAGACUCCUGCAGUCCGGAAAAGUUGCUAUUUUUCAUCUGUAAAGAAACAUGGCUACUCUGACGAUGCUGGCAAGGGAUGAUAAAAAUGACCCCAAAUAUUUUCUGCAGGUGGAAAACAGGAGGAGAAAUGUUUUUGUGACCCAGCUUGGAGAACACAGGGAAGAAGAGGAUGGUGAUGUCUCUCACAUUCCUAUCGUCCGUGAGAUCCCCAGCGAGAUUCUUCAGAAACACAACAAAACACUGCAAAAGACCCUGCUUCUGCAAAAAGAAGCUGAACAUGGCCGGGUUACUGCAGAACUGAUUGCUAAGAGGCAAGAGUUUAAAGAGCAGAUGGAAGCACUGGCCCGACGAAGAGGAGAACUUACCCAAAAAGAACAGAAUAACAGGGCUGAAGCUCUUAAAUUUGACAUAUAUCUUAAAGAUUGUGAACUGAAGAAGAAGCGUGCAAUCAAGAAAUUCCAGACUGAACAAAAAGUUACUGAAAUAAAGAAGAGGGAGAUACAGAAUUUGAAAGAAGAGCUUAAAAAACUCAAAAUUAGGCAAGAAACACUGCAUAAGAAGGUUGCAAAAUACAAACGAUAUGAAGAUUUCUUACAGAAAAUUGUCAGCACAUGUCCUGUCAACUCCCUGGAAUUUGAUGCAGACUCUGUGGUUGGAACCCUCAUGAAACGGCAUCAGACGCUGCUGACCACAAACCAGACCCUGACAGCAAAUUUGUCCUUCCUGCUGAAUAACCUUCAGGAAAGCCAACGUGAAGUGGGGAUCUUACAGGAGGAACAUGACACUGCGAAAAUUAUGCUGAUUAGCAAAAUUUCUGAGCUUCAGACCAAAUGCCACACAUUACAAGAGAAAAAUGCCCAGUUGGAACAAUACGUUAGCCAUAACAAGAGUAUCGUAAGAAAUCAGAGACAAGAGCAAAGCAGGAUGCUGUUAGCCAUCUCUGCCAUGGCAGAGCAGUGCUACAUGCAGCAUUAUGGCCCUUUGGAGAAAAUGACAUUGUUAUCUAAGCUGGACAUGAUCCAAGAGUUCAUUUUGGAAAAAAUGCAGAUCAAACAAGAAACAAUGCUGUCUGACGAACUUGCAGUGCCAUGCUCUAGUCUCAAGGAACCAUCCCCAAAGCAAAAAAAAGUGACGAUAAGCAUGGAGAAGCUAUAAAGCAAAGUCCUUCCAAGAAGGAUGGCAUAAGACACACCUCUACAAUACCAUAUAUUUGGGGAUACAACAUUGCACCGAGAGAUGGUAUGUUGCACGUGCACAUUAGCAAAAGUGGAUGCCCAUACAUCACCCCAAAAGGAAAAAUAAAGUCUUUCAUGCUGAAUUUUGGCAAGUGUGGUA